GCCCGAUGGAGUCGCCGCAAUCAGCUGUGCAUCGCAUCUCGCUAUGAUAAACAAGUAAUGAACGGGAAAAACACAUAAUUAAACAAUGGAAGGCGUGCUGUACAAGUGGACCAAUUACAUAAGUGGUUGGCAACCUCGCUGGUUUGUGCUUGAAGGAGGAACUUUGUCUUACUAUGACUCUCAAGAAGAUGCCUGGAAGGGCUGCAAAGGCAGCAUUAAAAUUUCAGUUUGUGAAAUCCAAGUUCAUUCCUCUGAUUCGACACGAUUUGACCUGACCAUACCAGGAGAGCAGUACUUUUACCUCAAAGCCAUCAAUGCAGCAGAGAGGCAGAAAUGGCUGGUGGCACUGGGAACAGCCAAAGCUUGCCUUACAGACAACCGAACCAAGAGAGAAAAAGAGCUUCAGGAGAACACAGAAGCACUGAAAACCAAGAUGUCAGAACUCAGAUUGUAUUGUGACCUUCUUCUCCAGCAAGUUAACAAGAUCAAGGAGAAUGAUGAGCUAGGAGAAACAGCGGAGAUGGGCCUAGACACUGGAAACAUGGUGAAGUCUACAUGCACUACUUUUCUUAAGACUCUGGAGGAAUGUAUGCAGAUAGCGAAUCGUACUUUCAGCACAGAUAUGGCAUCACAGAGUCCGCCAGGAACUCCUCCGGUCCCAGCCAUCAAACCCCAGAAGAUUAAACCCGUCAAUCACUUAAAUCAGAACCUUGGAGAAAAGUGGAGAGAUUUGGCCGAAACCUCAGGAGAAGCAAUAGCACAUGACAACCAGAGCCUUGAUUCUGGAGCAGAGGGACCAGAUGAACCAGAUAGACCGGAACAUUAUACUUCCCCAUCAGACGUCGAAUCAGCCAGCAGCUCGGUUCACGAGGAGCGAGUCGAUCCCACUUCACACACUACCCAGAAUACCUCUGAGAUCGAACACUAUGACCAGCCAGCAGAGGGAGUGGAGGACAAUGAAGGAGACAAAGGAGAGGAGCAGAAACAGCACAAAGAGGACCAAAGUCAAGAGCACGACAACAACAACAUUGACGUGAACGCUGUCCAGCUACCACAGGAGGACGUUUCGGACCGAGAAGAGACUCGAGAAGAAGGAGAAACUCCCAGAGACUCAACGGAGUCAGAAGACACAGAGCAGGUGGAAACUUUCUUCAGCACAAUGAGUCACAGAUUUAGUGAUAUAAGACUGGAUGACGACAAUGGUAUCCCUACACAAGAGUUUUUGGACUCAUGCUAUGCAAUAGUGCCUGUAUUAGACAAACUGGGAUCUACAGUGUUUGCACCAGUUAAAAUGGAUUUUGUCGGAAAUAUCAAGAAAAUUCACCAGAAGCUGCUGUCAGACACAGACAGCUUCCCCACACUACAGUCCAUCGUGCUGCAUGAAGUAGAGACUGAUGUUGCCAAAGUGCGCAACUCGGCCACCGAGGCCCUGCUGUGGCUCAAGCGGGGCCUGAAGUUCCUCAAGGAGUUUCUGUCGGAGGUCAACGCUGGAGAACAAGACAUCCACGGAGCGCUAAAUAAUGCCUAUGGAAGGACUCUUCGGCAGUACCACGGAUGGGUUGUUCGAGGCGUAUUUGCUUUGGCGCUGAGAGCCGCCCCGUCUUAUCAAAGCUUCGCCGCCGCCUUAGUGUCGAGAGAGGGCGACGAGCUGAAGAGCGGCUUCACCAGCGGCAUGCACAGGGACCUGGGAGUGUACCUGCCCGCCAUGCAGAGGCAGCUGGCCAUCCUGGAUUCACUGUAUGAAGAAUACAACCUGGAGUCUGAUGAGGUGGUGUGAAACAAGAAAAGAUCAGAGUUCAGGGAAGGACGGAGCUUGUCCGACGGGGCCAGAGAAGUGGCUAACUGCUAAAAGGAAGGUGCUGGAUGCUUUAAGUGCAUCUUGUGUACAAAAUAGUGUGAGCAUGUCUCAUGUCAAUGUGCGGUGUUGUCAGUGGUUUUUACACUCUACAACUGUAGAGGGUCUACGGAGGUAUUAAUGUCUGUAUUUAGGAGCCCACAAGGGGCAAAGCAGGCAAGUAAGACGUCAUGGUAUGAAGAAGUGUAGAUUCCAGGUCUUGUUUAAAAGACCAGUGACAGUGUAGGGGUUUCAGACCCUACUAUGCAGACUCCAACCACAAUUAUUCAUUAUGACUUUGUUUGUGGUUUACCUUGUUGUUGUAUUGUGGCUCUUUAUUUGUUUAAAGGUACAUAACCACAAGGUUCCAGUACCUUCUCUGGAAGAUUAUUUUCGUGAUUCCUUUUGAACUUAUCCGAAUGCCAAGAAAUCUUUAAUCUUUAUUGUCCUGUUUCUUUGCUUUCAUGGAACAGGGUUGAUACUUGCAUCUAGCACAAAGCACUCUUGACAAAAACAGUGUCAAAUUGUUAAAAUGCCCUGCAGUUGUCCUUAGUAUGUGAUAGAAUCACGUACUAGACUAACUUUUAGUAACACUUUUCUUGCACUGGCUAUUAAAGUUUAGUAAAAUUAUAAUCAUUAUUAAUGUAUAUUUUUUCCCUGAGAAUUUAAUCUAAAUCCUGCAGGAUGACAAUGUAUCGUUGUGUUUAACAUCAUCUCGUCGUAUUGCUCUGGAGUGUUUCCAUGGGACCAAAAAGGAACUGUCAUGUGAAUGGCUUUAGCCUCUGCUGCCUACAGUUAUACAACACAAGAAUGAAAUAUUACGGCAUAGCUGUUAAAGUACUGACAACUACUGUUUAUGUGGACGUCUUCUGCACAAACCUAUGCAUAGUAUGCAUUUUCACAAUGUCUAUUUAUUAUGUCUUAAGUUAUAAAGUUCACAUAAAUGACAUGGGGUUCAUUUCAGUCUGACCUUUGUGUGAAUGUAUGGACAUGUGUCUCCACUGAGCAUGCUUAUUGAUUGCAUGUUUUAUGCAUUAUGUAAAAUAGGUGCCAGUCGAUACUGAAUAUAGGACAAGGGCUUGAAUUUAACCAAGUAAAGGAAUAAAGUGAAAGGUGAUAGAUUGUGAAAGUUAAAACACAUUACUUCUCUCUCACCUCUGUGCUGACAGUGAACAGCUCAAACCUGCUUUCCCUCAUCUCCUCCGUGUUCUACAUAUAGUUGAGUGUUGUUACCAGACGUACUUAAUAUUUUAUGAUGUCUAUUCAGCAAUGAAAAUAAGUGGUAAGACUCCACUUCCAAGCCAAGUGAAAGUUUGGCCAUAGACCCACUGAGCCAUUGGAACAAAGCAGGAACAUCCUCACAGGGCUUUUUUUAAACUGAGACUUACCGCAUAGUAUUUUUAACUUUAUUCUUUUUUUGUCUUUUGAGUUUUCAGGAAUGCAAACAGUAAAAACUCUUGUAUAAUAAUAAAAAUAAAAAAAAGUCACUGGCAGUAAGUAGGUUUACAGCUCAGAUGUGCAAUAGGCGGAUUUCCAGUUGCAGAUGAGUUUCAAUGUUAAACCUGAAAACAUGUUAUUGUAACAUUACAACAAAUAUUUGAUUUGUUUUUUUUCUAUGGAUGUAUAUAAGAUGCUAUUUGAUUUUUACAUAAUAAAUAUAAUUAAGUUGU